AUGGCGGCCACCGCCUCUUCCUCCUCUACCUCAACAGCGGCCUACCUCGCAGGGCCCUUCCCCUCUGGCCGCGCUCUGACCGAAAACGAUGUCGCACCCACUGUGCCCCCCACACCCUCCGAGGAAAACUCUCCGCCCACACACCUCUACACCGACCUGCCCGCACACCUUAUGCAAGCCGACAACACACCCGACUACCUCCGUCUGAUCCUCAACGCCGACGUCUACGAUCUGGUCAAACAGACCCCCUUGCAACCGGGUGUCAACCUCUCGGCGAAAACGGGAUGUCAGGUGCUACUCAAACGAGAAGAUCUCCAGCCCGUGUUCAGCUUCAAGCUACGCGGGGCGUUCAACAUGAUGCGCCAGCUCGAUUCAGAGCAGAAGUGGAAGGGUGUCAUCGCGUGUUCUGCGGGCAACCAUGCGCAGGGGGUGGCAAUGGCCGGUGCACACCUGAGCAUUCCGUGCACCAUUGUCAUGCCGAAGGGCACGCCGGAGAUCAAGACGGCCAACGUCAAGCGCAUGGGUGCCAAAGUGGUGUUGUUUGGGCAGGACUUUGACGAGGCAAAGGCAGAGUGCACGCGCUUGUCCAAGGCGUACGGGUUGACCAUCAUCCCGCCCUUCGACCACCCGCGUGUCAUUGCGGGGCAGGGAACCAUCGGUGUCGAGAUCUGCCGCCAGACCGACAUGUCCAACGUCGAUGCUAUCUUCUGCUGCGUAGGUGGCGGCGGCCUGCUGGCCGGUGUCGCUGCAUACAUCAAACGCAUUGCCCCUCCGCACGUCAAGGUGAUUGGAGUAGAGACCUUUGACGCAGACGCACUUGCCCAGUCGCUCGAAGCCGGCCACCGCGUGCUUCUCAACGAAGUGGGGUUGUUUGCAGACGGCACAGCGGUGCGCAUCGUCGGUGAAGAAUGCUUCCGCAUCUGCCGCCAGACGGUCGACGGCGUCGUGCGUGUUUCCAACGACGAGAUCUGCGCUGCGAUCAAGGACACGUUCGAAGACACACGCUCCAUCCCCGAGCCUUCCGGUGCGCUCGCCAUUGCGGGCAUGAAGCGAUACAUUGCGACACACGGGUUGCAGGGGUCUGGGAAGAAGUUUGUUGCGCUUGUCUCGGGCGCAAAUAUGAACUUUGGCAGACUGAGGUUCGUCGCUGAACGCGCCGAGUUGGGCGAGAACAAGGAAGCUCUGCUCAGCGUUGAGAUCCCAGAGCAGCCGGGUGCGUUCCUCAAGCUGCACAACCACAUCAAUCCGAGAAUGGUCACCGAGUUUAGCUAUCGCUAUGGAGACAGCAAGAAGGCACAGAUCUUGCUGUCGUUCAUGCUCAACGGUUCCAAAGCUCCUCCUGCUGCUGCUACCCCUGCCACCGCCGAGACACAGGCGCCCGGAGCAGUACCCGUACCCGAGACCCUCUCCACGUCGAACUCGUCUGAGCUGGCCUCCUCGACCGCCUCGAUCGCCGACACCACCGCGCAGCUCGCCGCAUCCACGCUGGGAUCCUCCUCCGAACUCGAGUCCAUCCUCGCCGCACUCACCGCCGAUGGGAUGACGCCUAUCGAUCUGUCGGGGGACGAAGUGUCCAAGUCGCACCUUCGCUACCUCGUGGGCGGCAAGACGAGCGUCCCCAACGAGCGUAUUUUCCGAUUCGAGUUUCCUGAGCGCCCCGGUGCGCUGCGGAAGUUCUUGGUGGGCAUGCAGAGCGGCUGGAACGUCUCGCUGUUCCAUUACAGGAAUCACGGUGCGGACAUGGGGAAGAUUUUGCUGGGCAUCCAAGCUCCCAAGGAAGACAACGAGAAGCUGGAGACCUUCUUGAAGGAGUUGGGCUACCAGUACCACGAGGAGACCAACAACCCCGUGUUGAGGAGGUAUCUGGGCCCGCCGGCUGCUGCUGCUGCUGCCGUCUAG